AUGUCCGGGGUCGGCGUGGGUUUCUUCGGCUGCCUCCUCGCCGCCUCCGACGGCAUCAGGAAGGCGAAUGGCAACAGGCACACGCGUCGGAGCAAGCUUGGCGUUACGGUUGGCGCCAUCGGCUCGACGGUGUUCGGUUUGGGCUCUCUGGUGGGCCUCUAUUUCGGGCCAGUUACCUUUGUCACGAUGGCGCGGACCGGGAUGGCGUUGCCAGCGAACGUCCUGUUCAGCCAAGUCUUCCAGCUGAGGCCGCUUGGGCGGGACGACUACCUGGGGACGGUGAUCACCAUCUCCAGCGUCAUCUGCUUCAUGAUCUUCGUGGGCCGUCCGGGCGACGAGCUGUCCAGGGACGCGUUCGAGGAGGUCCUCUGGAGUGUCCCCGCCCUGUCACUGCUGGGCGGCCUCGCGGUGAUCUGGGCCGCGUGCACCGUCUACAUCGAUGGGCCUGUUUUCUGCCACCGCCACCACAAGUCGGAGGGGGGAAGGGGGGUCAGCACCGCGACCGCCGUGUCCCUGAUGACGGGCUGCUCGUCGGCGUUCAUGGACGUCUCCACCAAGGGCUGGACCGCCUGCCUGCGCUCGGCGGGGGGGCCGCUGGACGUGGUCGCGCUCGGCGGCUGGCUCUUCUGGGCGUGCGUCGUGGCCAACGUCUUCUUCAUGGUCUUCAUGCGCUUCGGCCUCAGCUCGGGUCAACACCCGAUCAUCUGGGGCUGCCAGCACUGCGACGUGCUGCUGUUCGUGCCCCUGAACUCGGUGCUGAACACCCUCUUCAGCGUCGUUGCCGGCAUCGUCGCCCUCGGCGAGGGCAGCGGCGUGAUCUCGUGGGCGGGCCUGGCGUUCUCGGGCAUCAGCUGCGCGACGGGCACGAUCCUGCUGGCGGGCGGGCCGCAGGACGUGAUCGACGACGCCAAGUCGGACAUCUUCACCGACGGCGUCGAGGACGACGAGGGCGACGGCGAGGCCGACGAGGCGAGCCCGCAGGAGCUCCACGGCGCCGCGGGGGACCCGACGCCACACGCCAUCCGGCUGUGCUCCGCGGGCAACUGGACCACGGCCGUGUCCAACCUGAACAUGGAGCUCAAAGCGCGGUGGAAGCACAAGUCGAGGAUCCGGGGCCUGGUCGACAGGCUCUCGAAGAGCGCGCGCCGCCGCGCGGACCGCACGGCGGACGACUCCGACGGGUCCUCGGAGACCGAGGAGUCGCACGAAGGCAUAUGUUAA